AUGGGCGUCCCAGCUGGCAUCCCACCACCGGGUGUCAUGAACCAAGGAGUGGCCCCUAUGGUAGGGACUCCAGCUCCAGGUGGAAGUCCUUAUGGACAACAGGUGGGAGUUUUGGGACCUCCUGGGCAGCAAGCACCACCUCCAUAUCCCGGCCCACAUCCAGCUGGCCCCCCUGUCAUACAGCAGCCAACAACACCCAUGUUUGUGGCUCCCCCACCAAAGACCCAACGACUGCUCCACUCAGAGGCCUACCUGAAAUACAUUGAAGGACUCAGUGCUGAGUCCAACAGCAUUAGCAAGUGGGACCAGACCCUGGCAGCUCGAAGACGUGAUGUCCAUUUGUCAAAAGAGCAGGAGAGUCGCCUGCCCUCUCACUGGCUGAAAAGUAAAGGGGCCCACACCACCAUGGCGGAUGCCCUCUGGCGCCUUCGGGAUUUAAUGCUCCGAGACACCCUCAACAUUCGCCAAGCAUACAACCUAGAAAACGUUUAAUCACAUCAUUACGUUUCUUUUAUAGAAGCAUACAGAGUUGUGGAACAGUAGCCAUUUUAGUUACUGGGGGUGGGGGAAGGAACAAAGGAGGAUAAUUUUUAUUGCAUUUUACUGUACAUCACAAGGCCAUUUUUAUAUACGGACACUUUUAAUAAGCUAUUUCAAUUUGGUUUUUGUUAUAUUAAGUUGACUUUAUCAAAUACACAAAGAUUUUUUUGCAUA